GGGCGGGGACCGGGGAUCGCGAUCACGACCGGGGGUCGCGACAGACACCCCCCUCGCCCCCCGCCGCUGCCAUGUCGGCCGAAAACACCGUGCCAGCAGAGGAUGGGCAGGAGCUGAAGAGCGUGGUGAGCAGGGUGGCCAGCCUGGCCCUGGUGAGCUGUGCCUGCGGCGCCGUCUCCACGGCGUACGCCUCCACCAAGGAGAGCCACCCCUACGUCAAGUCCGUCUGCGACGCCGCCGAAAAGGGGGUGAAGACGCUGACGGCGGCGGCGGUCAGCGGGGCCCAGCCCAUCCUCACCAAGCUGGAGCCGCAGAUUUCCACCGCCAAUGAAUACGCCUGCAAAGGGCUGGAGAAGCUGGAGGAGAAGCUGCCCAUCCUGCAGCAGCCCCCGGAGCAGGUGGUGGCAGGGACCAGGGAGCUGGUGUCGUCCACCAUGAGCGGCGCGGUGGGCCUGGCCCGCGGCGCGGUGCGGGGCGGCGUGGAGAGGACGCGCUCGGCGCUGAGCACCGGCGUCAGCACCGUGGCUGGCUCCCGCGUGGGCCGGCUACUGGCCACGGGGGUGGACGCGGUGCUGGGGAAAUCGGAGGAGCUGGUGGAGUGGUACCUGCCCGGGACGGGCGAGGAGCUGGCGGCAGAGGUGACCACGCCGGAGCGGCAGGGACGGCGGCAGAGCUGCUUCGUCCGCGUGGGCUCGCUCUCGGCCAAGCUGCGGCACCGAGCCCUGCGGCGCUCGCUGGGUGAGCUGCAGCGGGCACGGCACAGCGCCGAGCGGGUCCUGGCCCAGCUCCACCACAUCAUCGAGCUGAUGGAGCAGGGGCGGGAGGGCACGGACGGGCCCCUGUCCGGCACCCGGCAGCAUCUCCACCGCAUGUGGCUGGAGUGGAGCCAGCAGGAUGCUGUGCCCAUGGAGGAGGGCCAGGUGGAGGCGCGGACGCUGGCCAUGCUGCGUGGGCUCCUGCGCCAGCUCCACGCCGCCUGCACCCGCCUGGCCGCCGCCGCCCGGGUUUUACCCACCAGCGUGCAGGAGACGGCGGGACACGUCCGGCACGGCGUGGAAGGGGUACAGGCUACCCUCUCCCACGCCCACUCCUUCCACGACCUGUCGGAUUUGGUGCUGGCGCAGAGCCGGGAGACGAUGACGCGGGCGCAGUUGAGCAUCGACGAUAUGCUGGAGUACGUGGGGCAGCACGCGCCCCUGCCCUGGCUGGUGGGACCCUUCGCCCCAGCCCUGGUGGAAUAUCCGGAGGAUGUCCCCCUGGAAAUGGCCAAAUGGGAGGGUUGUAUCACCGUGGGGGGGACGCACCAGGUCCCCGCCACCCCCCCGUGACUCUGCAGCCAAGCGCUGAGCCACCGGCGCAACGCCAAACCGGGGGAGCGCCCACCCCACCCGCAGCAGUGAACCCCAUCCCCGCCGGGGGGGGGGGGGACACACGAGGUGACGAUGGACUCGGUGACCCGGCGCGGGACCCCCCGAUGCUGCAGCUGGGGACUUGUUCUGGGAGUGGGGGGGGGGGGGGGGGGGGACGGGGGGCACGUGGGGGACCUGUGCCUGUCCGGGAUUCCCCGCGCUGUCCCCGAGCCGGCGGAGCGUUGGAAUUUCUUGUCUUCAAAGCACUUUAAAGAGGAAGAAAACGACUUUUUAGGCCUUAAAA